AAGGGCAGUAAUAUUUCGCGCCAAAUUGAAACAACAAUAGCAGUCGGUCUGAACGGUGGAAGAGAGAAGCUGAGACAAAAACCAUCAGGCUGUACUUUUUUACUUUUUGUCUUCUUUGUUUAUCCCGGUGAAGUUGAAGUGCUGCUAACAUGGAGGAGGCCAACAAGCUGAUCGGUGCCGGUAAGAAGCACCUUGUAAUGGGGAAGGUGGUGGAGGCGGUGGGCGCCCUGCAGGAGGCCUGCAGCAUGCUAGCUAAAAAGUACGGGGACACAGCAGACGAGUGCGGAGAGGCUUUCUACUGGUGCGGUAAAGCUCUGCUAGAUUUGGCUCGGAUGGAGAACUCAGUCCUGGGUAAUGCUCUGGAAGGAGUACCUGAGGGGGAGGAGGACGAAGACAAACCCAAGGACUCCAAUGUUGACAGCGCAGAAAACGUAGAUGAGAAGACCCGAGAUGAGCUGAGGGUUCAGGUGUACGACGCCAUGGCGGAGAAAAAAGAUGAGGAAGAGAAGAAAAAAGAAGACUCGGAGGCAGUGGAGCAGAAUGAAGAUGAAGAGAAAAAAGAUGUAAAAAAGGCAGAAGGUGUUGAUGAUCAACCGAAGGAAACAAAGGAAGAGGCAGAAAAGGAAAGGAAGAGCGAGACUGAUGAACCCAAAUCUGAAAGUGAAGAAAAGACAGAAAAGGACAAGGAGGCUGAAAAAGAAUCAGGCGAUGAAGAAGGAGACGGUGGGGAGGAGGAGGAGGAGGAAGAUGAUGGUGAGAAUGAAGAAAUGGAGUGUGACGCAGAGGAUCAGGGUGAAGGAGAUGGCACUGCAGAGAAGGACAGCGAUGAAGAGGAGGAAGUAGGGAACUUGCAGCUCGCCUGGGAGAUGCUGGAAGUAGCUAAGGUCAUCUACAAAAGGAAAGAGAUCAAAGAGGAUCAACUCAUGGCAGCUCAGACUCACUUAAAACUUGGCGAAGUUUCUGCUGAAUCAGGAAACUACACACAGGCGAUAGAGGAUUUCCAGGAAUGUCUGAAACUGCAGGUGAAGCACCUGGACCCCGACAGCCGCCUUCUUGCUGAGACUCACUACCAGCUGGGUGUGACCUACAGCUUAGACACGCAGUACAGCCAGGCCAUAGAGUCGCUGCAGAGCUCCAUCUCCGUCAUCAAGAGCAGGCUCGAUGAACUUCAGAAGCUGCUGGAUAAGGCGGAGGGGCCAGAGGCUCUGCCCGAAGAGAGGAAGGAGAUGGAGGAGCUGAAGGCUCUACUGCCGGAGAUCAAGGAGAAGGUGGAGGACGCCACAGAGGCUCAGAAAACAACGAGCAGAGCUGCUGAUGAGAAGGGAGUACUGGACGGAGGCUCAACUUCCUCUGCUUUCCCUGGAUCCACUGUGCAGAACGGAAACUCCUCUUCCAGCUCAAAGAUUAACGGAACAUCAACUAAUGGAGUCAGCUCCACUAAUGGACAUGCCUCAACUGCUGCAGCAUCCGACAUCUCCCACCUGGUCAGGAAGAAGCGUAAACCAGAGGAGAGUCCAGUGAAGGAGGGCGUGGUGAAGAAGGUGAAGCAGGAUGCUGGUCAGGUCAACGGAAAACAAGAGGCUAAAACCAACGGAGACGCUUAGGUGAAGAGUAAGUAAAGCUGGACUCCCUCCUGGUUUUUGAUUCCUCCUGAGAAGAGAGAACCGUUGCUACAUGUAAAUCUGUAAAUCUUGUUCUGUCUAUUGCUAUGUAAGUGUGUACACAUUUAAACUAUGAUGUUCAAUAAAGUAAUUAUUUGAUAAAUGCUG